AUGGCUGCCACUUCCGUCUCCAAGGCCCUCGAAGGCCUCACGGUCUCCAAGACCAAGGAGUUGAAGGGCACCGAGAAGCGAGAUUCCCUCAUUGCCAUCGAGAAGAAGUACCAGCAAAAAUGGGAAGAAGACAAGGUUUUCCAACCCAAUGCCCCGACGAUACAAGACCACCCCCUUCACUCCAUCACCGCUGCCGAGCUCCGCGAGAAGUACCCCAAGUUCAUGGGAACCAUGGCUGCAAGUUAUAUGAACGGUACCCUGCACGCUGGUCAUUCAUUCUCUGUCAGCAAGAUCGAAUUCACUGCCGGUUAUGCGCGCAUGCAGAAUAGGAGAACACUCUUCCCAAUGGGGUUCCAUUGUACCGGAAUGCCAAUCAAGGCUAGUUCCGACAAGUUGGUCGACGAGAUCAAGCUAUUCGGCCAAGAAUUCGAGAGAUACAAGGAGGAGGAAUCAGUCAUCGAAGAGAAGCCCGCCGCACCAGCCAAGUUUGCAAAGACAGACCCGACCAAAUUCUCCGCAACCAAGGGCAAAGCUGCUGCGAAGGCCGUCAAGAUGAAGUACCAAUUCCAAAUCAUGCAGGCCAUUGGCAUCCCCCUUCAGGAGAUUCACAAGUUUGCGGAUCCUCAGCACUGGCUCGAGUUCUUCCCGCCAUUGUGCCGCCGAGAUUUGACCAAUUUUGGUGCCCGUAUCGAUUGGAGGCGUAGUAUGGUCACGACAGAUGCAAACCCCUACUACGACGCCUUUGUGAGGUGGCAGAUGAAUCGCCUCAAGGAAUUGAACAAAAUCAAGUUCGGCAAAAGAUACACAAUCUACUCCAUCAAGGACGGCCAACCUUGUAUGGACCAUGACCGAUCAGAGGGCGAGGCUGUGGGUCCACAAGAGUACACAGCGCUCAAACUCAAAGUGCUCGAAUGGUCACAAAAGGCACGUAGGCAAGGCAGAGAGGAGACCCUGAAAGGGAAGAUCCCUAGCGACAGCAGCGUGUUCUUUGUCCCAGCAACGUUGAGACCAGAGACCAUGUACGGUCAGAACUGCUGUUUUGUUGGACCCAAGAUCACCUACGGUCUAUUCCGAGCGUCUGAGAAAGAGUAUUUCCUCGUCACCGAGCGCGCAGCCCGUAACAUGGCUUAUCAGGGUGUUUUUGAAACAGAAGGCAAGAUUGAGAAAGUUGCUGAGGUCCAGGGCUCUGAACUGAUAGGAUCUCUGGUCAACGCACCCCUCUCCGUCCACAAGAAUGGAGUUAGGGUUCUGCCCAUGGAUACUGUCCUUGCCACGAAGGGUACUGGCGUGGUGACCUGCGUUCCGUCUGAUAGUCCUGAUGAUUUCGCCACAAUAACGGAUCUGGCCAAGAAAGCUGAGUACUACGGUAUCUCCAAGGAAUGGGCCGAGCUCGAAAUAUUGCCCGUCAUCAACACGCCUACAUAUGGAGACCUUAUCGCUCCUGCACUUGUGAAGAAGCUGAAAAUUUCCUCACCAAAGGAUACCAAGCAACUGGAAGAAGCCAAGGAGAUUGCAUACAAAGAGGGAUUCUACCAGGGCGUCAUGAUUGCAGGUGAUUUCAAAGGCGAAAAGGUUGAGGUCGCUAAGCCAAAGGUCCGCCAGCAACUCGUAGAUGCAGGCGAGGCGUUUGCUUACUCCGAGCCUGAGCGUAAGGUAACCAGUAGAUCAGGCGAUGAUUGUAUUGUAUCCUUGAUGGACCAGUGGUACUUGGAUUACGGUGAGGAGUCUUGGAAGAACACAGCUCUUAAGUGGGUUGGUAACGCCGAUGGCAAGGGCUUAAACACCUUCACAAGCGAAACAAAGAAUCAGUUUGAGGGUGUCCUGAACUGGCUCAAUCAAUGGGCUUGUGCAAGAUCAUUUGGCCUGGGAUCAAAACUUCCCUGGGACCCUCAGUUCUUGGUCGAGAGUUUAUCCGAUAGCACGAUCUACAUGGCAUAUUAUACUGUUGCUCACAUUCUGCACAAGGAUAUCUUUGGACGCGAGAAGGGUGCAGGCAAUAUCAGUGCUGACCAAAUGAAGGAUGAGGUUUGGGACUACAUCUUCUGCCGAAGGGAUAUCGGCGAGGAUAUCCUCUCGAGCUCUCAGAUCCCGAAGGAGACCCUUGAAGCCAUGCGACGCGAGUUCGAGUACUUCUACCCCUUGGACCUCCGUGUGUCCGGCAAGGAUCUGAUCCCUAACCACUUGACAUUCUUCCUGUACAUCCAUCUUGCGAUCUUCCCUCCAGAGUACUGGCCAAGAGGAAUCAGAGCGAACGGUCAUUUGACUUUGAACGGAGAGAAGAUGUCCAAGUCUACAGGCAAUUUCAUGACACUCGAUGAUAUGCUGAAGAAAUACGGUGCCGAUGCUACCCGUAUUGCCCUCGCCGAUGCCGGUGACGGCGUUGCGGAUGCCAAUUUCGAGGAAGACGUUGCAGACAACAACGUCCUUCGUUUGUUCAACCUGAAGGAGUGGUGUGAGGAGGUGGUCAAGGACCAAGAUUCGCUGCGAACUGGCGAGUUCAACUCGUUCCAAGACGCCCUAUUCAACAACGAAAUGAACUCGCUUGUGGCAGACGCGCAUAAGCACUUCGAAGCCACCGAUUAUAAGCUAGCCUUGAAGGCCGGACUUUAUGACUUCACUAAUGCUAGAGAUUUCUACCGUGAAGCCUGCAACUCUGCAGGCAUCAAGUUACAUAAGGAUCUCGCCCUUCGCUAUAUUGAGCUCCAAGCCCUGCUUUUGACCGUUGUUGCACCUCACUGGUCGGAGUAUAUCUGGCUCGAAGUUCUCAAGAAACCCGAGACAGUUCAGAAUGCUCUGUUCCCGACUGUGCCCGCGACUGAUGCCAGCCUCACUGCUGCACGCGAAUACGUUCGUGGAACAUCGUCCAAUAUCAACUCAGCCGAACAAGCUCAACUGAAGCGAAAGCUCAAGGGAAAGGAGACAGCAUUCGAUGCCAAAAAGCCAAAGAAGCUCAGCAUUUUUGUCACAGACAAGUUCCCGGCCUGGCAAGAAAAGUACAUUGAUCUGCUCAGGGACGAGUGGGAUCAAUCCGCGAAUAAGUUCAAGGAUGAGAAGGCUCUCACUGCUAAGAUUGGAAAAAUGGGUGAGAUGAAGAAAGCGAUGCCGUUUGUUCAGGCAUUCAAGCGACGUCUCCAGGCCGGCGAGCCGGCGGAGAAGGUUUUAGAGCGUAAGCUGGCCUUCGAUGAGCUCGCGAUCUUGAAGGGAAUGAUUCCUGGCCUGAAGAAGACAGCGGGCCUAAAGGUCAUCGAGAUUAUCCAGGUCGAGGAGGGCGGCAAGAAGGGUAAGAUCGUCGCUGGAGAUGGUGAGGGUGAUAAGGAGGGCCUACAACCACAGGCUGAAAGCGCGGUGCCUGGUUCGCCUUCUUUCGCAUUGGAAAAUGUGGAAUAG